AUGCCGCCCAAAUCAACGGGGCCGCGCGAAAGCCGCGGAAAGAAAACCGCAGCCGCCGAUAAAAACAAGUCUCGUGGUCCCGCUCAGGAGGGAGAAGCUACGACACGCCGCGUCCGCGAGGCAAGAAGCGAACCACCUUGCGUUGAGAGAGUAGAACAAGCAACUUCAAGCCGAGACAUGCCUCAAUACACUACCGCACGUGAGCAAAAAGUCAUGGAAAAACUCCGUCGUCUUAAGGAGGCAAGGGCUGCUGUAUCAACACCCCAGAAAACCAUGCCACCCCAGACGAAGACCAUGCCACUGACCCCACCGGAGACGGUCACGCGUUCCGACACCAAGAAGAGGCCCUAUUCAGAACGCUACACAGAGGACGUGGUGAGCCCCACGCCGAAGCGGCAGCAAAAGGAGAAGAAGAAGCAAAAGGCCCAGCCCAUCACCGAGCAGCUCUUCGUCGACACCGACGACGAGACCGACUUUUACCAGUCGCGCCCCGCGUACGUCGAGCACACGUACGCCUACAUCCAGGACCGCCUGUGGGAGCUCGUUGGCCAGCAGACAUCCGAGGACGGCAUCACCACGGUGGCGCGGCCGGGCCUGAUCCGCAAGUUCGCGGAGAAGCACUUCGGCUUCAAGAAUCUUUUCAGCGACGACGACGACGAGAUCUUGCAGAAGCUGCGCGAAAUGAGCGUCCACUCGGCGCUGCUCAUCGGCUGCGUCACCGACGGCGGCCCACGCGGUGUCAAGGGCUGGCUGGAGAUCCUCAAGACGCCGCUGGAGCGUCAGGCGCUGGUGUGCGCCAUCAUCGGCAAGGUGCUGGAGGAGCACGUCUUCGCCAGCCUUUGCUUCGGCGCCACGCCCAAGCAGCUGGAGAAGCUACAUAAAGACAUCGAUCUCAAGUACCGGGACUACCCCGAAGACGGCUUCACCCGCGCCAUCCGCCGCGACAAGCACAUCCGCACCGCCAUCCUCGGCGGCUCCAAGCACCCCCACGGCCUCCCGCCCGACUUCACCGCCACCGCCAAGCUCCUCGCCUGGCAACUCCACACCGUCCUCGAGCCCAUCCGCGCGCUCGUCGCCCCCUCCCCCUCCCACCACCACCACGCCCGCGCCACCCAGCACCACCUCGUCGCCGCGCUCUACCGCAUCGUCGCGCGCGCAGGCCUGCUCUCCCUGCGCAUGCGCCUCGACCCCUCCACCGUCUACCACGCCACGUCGGCGGGGAAAGGCGACUUCUGGAACGAGCGCGAGAUGCGCGCCUUCAACAGGUCGUGGAUGGUCAAGACGAACCCGACGACGCAGAACGAGGACGUGGUGGAUGAGGACGCGAAGUAUCAGCUCGCGCUCGUGCGGACGACCGUCUGGCCGGGGUGGAAGGCGUUCAAGAAGGGGGGGUGGAGGAAGGCGGAUAAGGAGAGGGGGUUGAGGGUGUGUGAGUUGGGGAGGCAGUGGGUGGGUUUGAGGUGGGGGAGGCAGAGGGCGUGGGAGGGGCCGGCGGCGACGACGACGACGACGACGCGGGUAGAGGGGGGGAAGAAGGGGAAGGGGAGGAAGGGGGCCGUGGAGGAGGAGGAGGAGGAGGAUGAUGAUGAUGGGAAGCCGAGGUGGGAGGAGUGGUUGAUGGUUUGGGCGAAGGGGCAGAGGGAUCCGAGGGAGGAGUUGGGGGCAAUUAGGGGUUGGUUCGCGUUUAGUGUGCCGGGGGAUGAGCUUGAGGAGAAGGAGUGA